AUGGCAAUCAAAAGCGUAGCCAUAAUCGGCGCAGGCCCAGCAGGUGCCAUCACAGUCGACGCACUAGCACAAGAAAAAGCAUUCGACGUGAUCCGCGUCUUCGACAGACAAGAAAAAGCCGGCGGAUGCUGGGUCUCAAGAGACGAUAAACCACCCCAGCAAUUCGACCUGGACGGAUUAUCCGCCCGAACAGCAGAUAAACCGCUCCAAAUCCCGGCAAAACUACCAUGCCGGACACCUGUAGUCUCUCAAGACCGGUUCACGGAUUCACCCGUGUACCCAACACUAGAGACGAACGUGGACGCGGGCGCCAUGUCGUUCUCGCAGGAAGCUAUUCCGGCUGUGCGCUCGCAGUGGUCUAUUGAGCGGCAUGGUCAAGAUACGCCUUUCCGGCAUCACUCUGUUAUUCGGAAGUAUGUUGAGGAUCUUUUUACCGUCAAGGGUUAUCAAAGUCUUGUGCAGUUUGAUACUACUGUUGAGCGGGCUGUUAAGGAUUUGAAUGGGAAGUGGGUCCUUACGUUGCGGAGGACGGAGGUUGGUGAUGGUGAUGAAGGGCAGAAGUCUGAUUAUUGGUGGGAGGAGGAGUUUGAUGCUGUUGUUGUUGCUUCGGGGCAUUAUGCUGUUCCUUAUAUCCCGGCAAUUCCUGGGUUGAAGGAGUUUGCCGCGAGGUAUCCUGGGAGUGUGGAGCAUACGAAGCAUUAUCGGGGACCUGAGAAGUAUCAUGGCAAGAAAGUUAUCACUGUUGGGGCGUCUGUGUCGGCGGCUGAUACUGCCGUGAGUUUGAUUGAUAGUGCGCAGACUCCUGUUCUUGCUGUUGUGCGAGGUCGCUACAACAUGUAUUUCGGUGAUGAGGCUUUCCAGCAUCCUAAGAUUCAACGGAGGGCACCUAUCUCGCAUAUCACGAGUGAGAACGGCGACAAAACCGUGUAUUUCGAAGACGGCUCCUCAGAGACUGGAGUUGACCAUCUCGUUUUCGGAACUGGCUUCAGCUGGACUUUGCCUUUCCUGCCGCAGGUGGCUACUCGGAAUAAUCGUGUGCCAGAUCUAUACCAGCAUAUCUUCUAUAGACACGAUCCGACACUGGUCUUUGUGGGGGCUGUCGGCGCCGGUCUGACCUUCAAGGUCUUUGAAUGGCAAGCUGUUGCUGCCGCCCGUGUUUUGGCUGGCAAGGCCACUCUGCCCUCUGUGGCAGAGCAGGAGAAAUGGGAAGCUGACCGCAUUGCCCUGAAGAGUGAUGGUCCCGGGUUCACCGUGCUCAACCCUGAGUUUGAAGCCUACUUCGAGGAUCUCCGACUCCUUGCGGGGGAACCGCAUGCUGGCACGCCAGGGCGACGUCUACCUCGGUUCGACCAAAAAUGGGUGGACGAUUUCAAUGCCGGCCACGAACGCAGGAAAAAGAUGUGGCGUAAGGCUAAUCAAGCAGCACGACUGUAA